GAGCCUCCUGUAAAAGAAAAUUUAUAUUAGAACCAUAGAAUUUAGGCAUGUAACAAAGUGUACGCAGCCCUUCUCUGAAAAGAAAAUGUACAGAGACCUGUACACUACAUGAAAACGGCGACGUCUAAUUGUUAUACCAAACCCUCAACCGCCCAACAAAUCCCUAACACAAACAGCGCUCAAACCCUUGCAAUAAACGCCGCAUGGCCUCCCAAUCCCGACGCGGCGGAGUAUCACUCCCGGCGAGGCGAUCCUCAAAGGCACAGCCAGAGCCUACAUUCCUCGCCAAACUAACAAACUCGGAAAUCGUCGCAAAAGGCAAGCGAGCUGCAUCCGACACCGUUUUCGUCACUAAGAAGCUCCUUCGCAGCACCGGAAAAGCCGCGUGGAUUGCGGGGACCACAUUUUUAAUUCUUGUGGUGCCUCUUAUUAUUGAGAUGGAUCGCGAGCAGCAAUUCAAUGAGCUCGAGCUCCAACAACAAAGCCUCCUCGGUGCCCCAACGCCCCCAAAGUAGAGGAAAAACCUGGGUCAGGCCGGUGGUUCGGGUCAGGUUAGGAUGUUAUUGUUGUGGAUGUUAAAUUACUUAAUAAUCUUCAAUUGAUCUGUUGUGUUGUUUGUUAAACAAUUGUAAUUUUUGAGAUGCAGCUAUUUCGGCCCUCGGUUUUGAUA